AUGAGAUCGAACAUCCGAAGUAUAGAUGAUAUCACAUACUACAAGUAUAAAGGCCUCGGACACACGCAACAGGAAUGUGAAAGCGACGAGAGGCAAGGAAAAUUGAUGAUUGGUGUUUUUGAUGAAGAGUCUAAAGAAAAUACAUAUGAAGAUGAAGAAAUCAGUAACUUUGUAGCCUUUGCCGAAAUUUCUGAAUUUGUGGAAGAAAGAAAAGCAUCUGAAUCAGAUACUGAUGAUUCGUCCAGUGAUGAAGAAUCUGAAAUUGAUAUCCAUGAAAGCUUUAAAGAAGUUCGUGACGCUUUGGUUGAAACCGGGAAAGAGAAUCUCGAACUUAAAAAGGAGAAUGCUCGUCCUGAAGAAAAGGUCUUUUGGAGCACUUUGGAGCAUAUGGGACGUGAGGAGCAAGGAAGGACUUGGUGCAUGGACGCAGCUCAACUGGACACGCAAAGGAAGAAGGAGGAAGUCAUCUUGAAGACCAGCUCGACCACCUACUCGACCAUCCGGUCGAGUUCCUCAACUCGACCGGCCAAGCUUCAACUCGAUCGAGCUGAGAAGUCAACAGUCAAACCCGAAAAAUGUUGCUUCCCCCUUGACUUCCCUUUGACCCUAAACCUAAUCUCUUUGUAUUUAAAGGCUCUAAGCCACGAAAAAGACAACAAUCUUUAG